UCGCGAAGGAAAGAAACUCCUCCCUGCUGACAACAAGCUCUCCUAGCGCAAUGGUCUCGUGGAUUAUUUCCAGGCUUGUGGUGCUCAUAUUUGGGACACUGUACCCCGCAUACUCGUCAUACAAAGCGGUCAAAUCAAAAGAUGUGAGAGAAUAUGUAAAAUGGAUGAUGUAUUGGAUAAUAUUUGCACUAUUCACAACAGCUGAAGUGAUCACAGAUUUAUUCUUGUGCUGGCUUCCAUUUUACUAUGAGCUCAAAAUUGCUUUUAUGGUGUGGUUACUUUCACCAUACACAAAAGGAUCUAGUGUGCUGUACAGGAAGUUCGUCCAUCCGACUUUGUCCUCUAAAGAAAAGGACAUUGAUGAAUAUCUGUGCCAAGCAAAGGACAAAAGUUAUGACACCUUGAUGCACUUUGGACGGAAAAGCCUGAAUGUGGCGGCUACAGCUGCAGUAAUGGCUGCCUCUAAGGGGCAGGGUGUGCUAUCAGAUCGCUUGCGGAGUUUCAGCAUGCAUGAUCUGACCACCAUAGACUCAGAGGAUCCGGCAAAGAGUUCUGCUUCCGUGACCACUCAGCCUUCAUUGAGUCAGCACAGAACUCGCGCCAUGACGCGCAGCAAAUCUGAGGCUGCCUACGGCAAGAGCUCAGAGUUUGACAUAGCUGAGUUUGAGAUGUUGAAUGUGGAGCAGUUUGCGAGUGUGGAGCCUUCUUUCCUUGCGCCUCGAAAACCCACCCCACUACCAAGAUCCAUCAGCAGUCCAAGCCAGCCUCUUUUACACCCUGAGCCUUUCCAGGACAAACGCGCACCCCCUCCAUCUGAGGACCCAGAGGUGCCAGGCGACAGGGAAAAUGAGGGGGACGUCCCAGACUACUCAGCCCAACAUGGACUGCUUAAGAGACGUGCCCCAGAGCCUCCUCCUAGAGCUUUAAGACCUCUCACCAGAUCCAGAUCCAAGAACGCCCUAUCAGCAAACCCUGAGGCCAUGUGACUGUGCAUAUGCUGUGAGACUGCUUUAGCUGCCUUAACUGCAACAUGAGGACACAGGAAAAGAGAAGGAAGGGGGGGACACACACGGCAAUGCAGACAAGAGAUCAAAUAUUUAAAGCAGCCUCGUUCUCUAAUGAGGUAACCAAAGCGGCGUGCGACUUUAUCCCGUCUGAUCUUUGACAUCCGAGGGGGGGAGGGUUCUGUUGAGGUAGCAAAUGUAUGUGGCACCAUUUGGAGACUCGUAAACACUUAAAAAUUUGUGUUGUACAUAUUUACUGUAUGUGAAGAGUGUGUGUUUGCUUCCUUUUUUUUGUAUGACUUUGCGAGAGACAGAAGCAUGCCUGUCCCUCUGUAUGUCUGUCAUGAGAGCAACAUUUGUCUCUCACCACCUAAGCAUUGUACAGUAGCCACUACACUGACUGUUGGGGGUACUGCAACGACUCUUCGGUAGACUUUUAAGGCUUCGUGUCUCUUUAUGCACUGGUAUGGGGCACAAGUGGGCACGACAGCAUCGUCCUCUCAGGAUAUGUAGCCCACAGUGCAUUAAUAAUAUUAGUCCAGAGACAAAUACAUAUUUAAAAAGAGAGAGUGACUUUUACCUUAUAAUCUCCACCAAAAAUGUAUGAAAGUUAAGAUAUUAAUCAUGUAUAUUUAAAGUAAUUUACAGGACAAAUGUGCAGUGAGGUUAGAUUUCAGUUGACUCUGUGAAAGAAUCGAUUUAAACUGAGCCUUUUCAGCCCAAACUCCUGGUUUUAUUCAUGCUGUUGUCAGAUAGUGGGAUGGGGCCUGUUACAUAAUAAAAGUCCAUUACAAAAGAAAGAAAAAAAGGAAAAACAUUGAAAACUUCAGACUGGUUUAUUCAUCCUAGCGAAUUAAUGCAUUUUCAAAGUAGCAUUCUUUUGGCAUUUUAUAGUAGCAUUUCUGGAUUUCUUAACAAGCAUAAUCAUUUAGUUUCAAAUGAAUUCUGUUUUUCCUUUCUGUUGUCUUUAAAUUCUGUAGCUUAGAACAUAUAUAUAUAUAAAAAAAAAAACAUGAAUUCAUAUUCCGCUUCAUUUAACUAUGAAAUUUAGUGAAAUGAAAUUGCAAGUAUGAAUUCACACAAAAUUUUGACGACCUGAAUGUUUCUUGGACUGUUUUUUUAAUAUAUUUUUUUAUUUACUUCUUCAUACCAGUCUGGAGUCGUCAGUAUUACUACACUUAUGUGCACUAGUUGUUCAAAAUAAUAAUGCUGUGAGCUCUGUAACAUACACACAAGAUGGAAAAUGUGGCACUUCACUCACUGAUAGUUUAGUUCUCAUACAUUUAGCCAUUAAAGCGUUGCAAGCAGCCGAUAAAAGUCAGAACACUGUGUAGUCAGACCGCUCACAACACUACUGAAUAAUUGAAACUGGUCCAGAUGUGAUGUCAUAGCACUGCUUAAUACGAUUCUAGCUGUAAAAUUCUCAUCAGCACUGAUGCACUAAAUUGCACGGCUGCCACUGUGUCCAUGUUAAAGAGACUUUCACAGAGGGAGGGUGUCUAUCAUGUUGGGAAAAUGAUGACAAUCUGUUUUUAACCUCUUUUCCGCUUUCAGAUGUCAGGUAGCAAAAGCCUAUAUUGUCUCACAGCGACACAGGAAAUGUUUUUUUGCUCUUUUUUUUAAGUAGAUAUCUUUCUCAGGUACAGUUUGUUACAUCUUACCACAUUAAGCAUUAAAGAUGAAAUGUUAAAGGAAAAGCAUAAUGCUGCGGAAUAUGAAAUGAGAAAAAACAAAAAAAAAGAUUGUGAAUUAAUUUUAAUUAAUUAAUUAAUUAAUUGACUGAUUAAUUAAUUGAUUGAUUGGAUUGUUUAGGCCAGAUGAGCAGACAGCCAGCAUUAUAAUUGCUCACUUGACAUUUCAACUUUGAAAGAAAUAAACUAAGUACACCAUAAUUCCAAAGAAGUUGGAACAGUAUAAAAAUUGGCCAUAAGAAAAAACAGGAGUCAUCUGUGAAGUGUCUUCACCUUGAAAACUCUGCAACAUGUUCAUUGAUAAUAUACCAAUGUGAAACUUAUUGUUUGUUGAAAAUAUGCACUAAUUUCCAAUCUGACGGCUGUAAUAUUUUCCAAAAAAGGUUGGGACAGGGCCAAUUUAAGCCCUAAGGACUAAUAACAAUGUAGCAAGUAGACAUUACAAGGUGAUGAGAAACAAGUGCUGUUAAACAGGUGACCCAUUUAUGUUACCCAGUAGUAUAUCAGGAGUUUUAAAAAAAGGCCUUGUUCUUCUAGAGAAUAGAAUGGACAGGCUCACCAAUUUACCAACAGAUACAGCAGCAAAUUAUCUAAUACUUAGAGGAUAACCUUCCCCAAUGUUAGUACUCAAUCUCAAGAGAAGGGCUGAACACCACGGCUGAAUAUGUGUGAUCUCUGAUCCUUCAGACAUCACUGUCUUAAAACAGUCAUGCUUCUAUAGAAUUACCAUUGUGUAUGAAAUGUGCUAUACAAAUAAACUUGCCUUGCCUAUAGUGUAUAUUAGCUUGUGAACACUGUGUUUAUUAACACCAUUCAUUGCAGCAUUAACAGAUGCAAC